AUGAGUGUCAGCAGGAAAUCAACUAUCCUGUUCACCAUUAUUGCCAUAGCGGAAUUUGUUUCCAUGGCCUUCCUAAUAAUUUGUUGCGUAACUGCACCUGUAUUUAAGCAAAUUGGGCUCUCCAAACAUGAAUCAAUAACAUACGGUGUGUUUGGAUAUUGCUCCAACAGUGACUCAGGAUCUACCUGCUCCAAGGCAAAGGCUUCAUACGACCCAUAUUCUCUAACAGAUAGUACAGAUUCAUGGAAAAUGAAUUCAAAUCAACGAAAAAUUUUGGGGAAAAUAUUGAUUGUAGUUCCCAUUGCUGCUGGAUUAAACUUUUUCUCAUUUCUUUCCAUCACUAUUACUGCAGUAGUAUCAUUGGUUAGUUCAGGGACAACUUCAGCAGUUUUGUUCGCUUUAAAUUUAUUGCUCGCAAUCCUGGGAUUUCUCUUAGCGGCAUUGGUUUGCAUAAUUACAUUUUUAUUGUUUUACCCACAUAUGACCUGGUGUUCCUGGUUAUUAAUUCCAGCUGCUGCACUACCAUUAUUAAUGAUUCCUCUAAUAUUCGUCGCUCAUUCAUCGGGAUCAGGUUCUAAUACUGACGGUUAUGAUGCUGAUGAGGCAACCAUGGCAAUCUUAAACGAAGUUAAUGAUAGUACAAGAUUCUCUGCCGCAGAUCCAUACAAGAACAAUAAUAAGGCCACAGUAUUGCCUGAUUUCCAACAUAAUUUGAUAUCGAAGGAAAAUACUACAAAUACAGAUUUAUCAUCAUCUUUAUUAGGAGAAAAGAAUGGUUCUGAUGCAACUGUACAAGCAUAUGAAGUGGAAAAAUCAAAUAGUAUAUUAGCCGCUGAACAAGAUAAGAAUGGAAGAGAAUCAUAUGCUGCAUUCUCCAUCAUUGACAACGAUAGUAAAUUGAAUCCUGAAAAUAAGAAGAAUGCACAAGAUAUGCCAUACGGGCUUUCUGCGUCCCUAGCAUCAUCAAAUUAUUCACAGAAGAAUGUGAUUCAAGAUCAAAAAUCAAACAAAUUAUUGGAAGAUAUGUUAAAACCUUCCUCUGGGUUAGAAUCAACUAACAACGACCAUGAUGAUGACGAUGAUAAACAUUCCGAUUUCACUUCAGUGUCUCAAAGAGGUGUAAAUCCAAAUUACUAUAAUCCUCCUCUUCCACAACAAAAUUACCAAAAUGGUCCCCAAACUAGACAACAACCCAAUUAUCAAGCACCAUAUCCACAGCCAUCGCCAAAUUUCCCACAACAAAAUGGGGUUAAUAGAAAUAUGAACCCACAACAAAGAACAAUGUAUCCACAAUCUGCAGGACCAGAUAAUUCACAAGCCAUUUUACAAAAUAAUCCAAAUUUCUUACCUAAUAAUGGGAAUAUGAAUGCAAGAAGAGCCAAUGGAAGACCCCACCAUAAUCAAUACCCAUAUCAACAGCAGCCGAAUAAUGGAUUCCCAAGAAAUAAUUAUGGUCCAACCAUGCCUAUGAAUAAUACAGCUCGUUACUACCCACAAAAUAAUCAAAUGCCAUCAAGUAUUCCCGGCGGUAAUUCCAUGCAUUUCAAACCAGCCUACAAGAAACGUAUGGCAAAUAAUAAUUUACCUUCAGCUACAUCCUUUAACGCAGGGGGUGCAUAUGGAUUCAGGUAA